CGAAGCACAACCCCCUAUAAGGUCUCUAGCUACGGAACACCUGUUCACAGUUUUCCUGCCUUUGAAUCUCUUUGCGCAGCGAAAGCGCUUCAGAAGCGCCGAGGCGCGUAGCUCCCGGCGUCCACUCUUCAGAGGUUAGGGAGUAGCUCCUGGGGGACUGGAAGUUGGGUCCCUAACCUCGUUGCCCUAGGUCUCCAAGUCAUUUCGAAUGCGCUGGGUCAGGGGCGUUUUGGUUUCUUCGGGAGAUCCAAGACAAUCAUACCUUUGCAUGUGGGAGAGAGGCUCCAACCUUUUGAACAGCUGGAGUCACGACUACCUGGAGUCUCAAAGUAAUUACCUCGGAAAAUCAGUACAAGUACUACAAGUACCUGUCUUUAUGGGGUCAUGCCCCGUUUUUCCAAGUUGUUCCACACUCCGUUUUUGAAGGGACCUCCGCGUCUGUUCGCUUUCUGGAUCGACUUCCCAUGCAUUUUCGAGGCAGGUCGUUGCCCUGGCGCGACCAGAAGCUCCAGUCGCCCACGUGUCAGGAGGAGCACCUUCGUUUGGCGCUGGAGCGGCUCUUCCUGGGCGCCGGCGCCCGCGGAAGAACCCGCGUCGCCCGCGUCGGGCGGGCAGCCCGUGACGCCCUGGAAGACCGCAAGACGACCAGCCCUGACCGCCCAGAGGAGACUCUGAGCGGCCCGAGCUUCGAGACUCUGAGCCAGCAGAGGAGGAGAAGAGAACUCUUGGCGCUGAUCCUCAUGUGGCCGCUGCUGCUCGUUGCGGCGCGAGUCGGGGGGAUCGUGACCCACCUGGAGCACGACCAGUCCACCGGUCCGCGUCACAUCCGUCACGUCGGUAGGUCAACCAAGGGAUCCUGGUGACCCAUAGCCAGAUGGAGAAAAUCAUUAUAAUCAAGAUAUGACGUGAAGCUGAAGCUGGCGGAAUGAAUUGGCAUGAAUAUGAAUGAACCUCACCUGUGCUAGCCGUUGAUCUUUUAGAAGAUGCUUGAAGAGUCUUACCCUACAAAGCCUCCCCUUGUAGAUGUAUACAUGCAUCGCUGUUCCAUAUGUCCUCAUGACAGCCUUAAGGGCCUUGACCCAUGACAGUUGUCGGAAUGCUGUGCGGAACAGGUGAUGGUGUUGACCUACCAUUGCUGCCCCAGGACGGGUGACGAGCAACGAUCUUCGCGCAAAAUGAUGUUGCAGAAGAAGGACCAGUGAGGGCUCAAAGUUGGCCCCAGCCCAGGUCCGGUGGAAAGAAUCAAUCCACAGCAGACAGAGACAAGUGAUGAGCAAGUGAGACUGGGAAGUCGCCACACACACGCAAGAUUGAGG